CUCGUUGCACCACGACACAACUGUCGCUUUCCGAUCAUCAAGAUGGACGUUGACUCCGAAAGGGAACAAGACUCAGAAGCAGGACAGAAACGCCGCCGCGUAACUCUAACCGCCGAAGAGCUGCAUGAAAAGUGGAGGGAAACUUUCAGUCAUCUUGAGCCGAGGCGAGAGCGGAAAGGGUCGGCGGGAAGAGUGGCGGUGUGGGGUGGGUCUCAGCUCUACUGCGGAGCGCCGUGUUUCGCAGCUUUGGCGGCGUUAAAACUCGGAGUAGACUUGGUUUUUCUCAAAGCGGGGCAUUCUAGUGUGGCAAGGGCUGUGAAAUCUAGAAGUCUGAACAUCAUGGUGGCGGAAAAGGAUGUAGGUCUUGGACCAGAGCAACUACAAGGGGACGAACUCGAACAGCCACAACAUGGAACUGCCGGCUCAUCUUCUGCGAGUCAUGACCCUUUUGCUUCAACUUCGAGUUCGACAAGCAGCACUACGAGAAAACGAGCUAGACGAGAUGAUCAGGACGGCGACAAAUCUUUUGCAUCUAUUGUUAGCAGUACACCAUCGUAUCAAAAACUUGAUGCUGCUGACCUAGAAGUAAUCCGGAAGUGUCACACUUUGGUGAUCGGACCGGGCUUAGGGCGAGACGAUAAGACAGUCAAAAUAGUGCAGGAUUUUUUACGAGAAAGCCUAACCUUACUACCUGGAAUGCCACUCAUUUUAGACGCUGAUGCGCUCUUCGCCGCUUCAAAAGACCCGACGUGCCUGGAGAAUCGGAUCAAGUCCACGGAAGUGCCUCCACCUCAAGAUCAAAGCGAUGCCUUAGAGUUACGAGAUUGUAGUAGAAGUUGAUGAAGUCGAAGUACAUCUGCUAGAUUUUCCUUUUGAAAUUGUGUCAGCUGUAGAAAGGCGAGGACUUUGGUACUAGCGUCAGCCGCCGGCGAGGUAAAAAAUAAGGUGGACACCAAACAGGGUAGAGGCGCCAUGAAAUUAUUGAAGUAGAUCCAUCUAGAUUUAAAGUUUUUUGGUUGUAGCACUUAUUAUACGACUUACAAUUACCCUUCUUCAUCUAAGUACAAUUUAUCGGUCGAGCCAGGUCAUAUUGACACCAAACAGUGUCGAGGCGCCACACUUACCAAAAGAAUGGUGGAAAGCUCCCGGCUUCGCCGUUAUUGAAAAAGGCAGGAAGGAUUGCAUUACUACUACACGAGUUAUUAUGAUUCGACAUUAAUGCGAAAACAAUCUUCACAAUGACUAAGUGCGUAGGUUGAUUAUAAUAUGACCUACGCGACAUACUCUGUGCCCUGCUAGUCGUAGUCCUCGUGGAGGAAGAAAGCUCACGUCAUAUUUGAAGGCGGUGUCGCGUCUAUCUCUAUUUCUCUUGUCUGAGACUUCUUUGCCUGAGUGGAUCAAUAUCCCCUCGUCUGGCGUUUUCUAAGAUUAAACAAGAAAUCCGAGGGUGGGGGACGCCGGAAUGGGAAUACCAAUACAGCUGGAAGACCUGGGUUAGUCGUGUGACAAGCCGGGGCUCAGUGAAGCGCUGUGGAGGCAUCGGCGAUGUUCUAGCAGGCAUCGUCGGUGGCUUAAUGGCCUGGCAAAGAAUCAGCGGGACGUUGAGCACCGAGCGCACUCUGCGGCUCGCCUGUUUCAUAGCUCGCGAAGCCGCAUAUCAAGCAGAGCAACGCAAGAAACGCGCGAUGUUGGCGGAGGACGUGAUAUUAUGCUCAACACUAAAAGUCGAUAGCAGUUGUUCUCUUUUUCGAGUUUUCUUGUAUUCGAAAAACUGAAAUAAGCAAGUAUAACUACUGAAAAUAAGCGAGAUACUGACGAGUAGAAGGAAGAGUAGCCUUGAUGUUAAGCUACCUCCCUUAUUUCAGUCAGUAACUCGGUUACUUUCAGUUUUCUUGUACUACGUAGUAUUAAACCACUUUCGUCAACAAAUUUCCGAGUCUGACCUGGCCACCUCUAAUUUUUGAAGCGAUACCAGGUGUCUGCGAGGAAUUGGAGCCUUACGAUGACAAGUCCGUGUCGGGGUCCUACUUGUCCUCCAGCCAGGAGGACGAUAUCGAUUAAGAAAAGUAAGAAACGCCAUAAUUACUCGGUUUCAAUGCUUCGAAAACAGCAAGAUCUUGGUGAACAUUGGGCUAGUCUUCAUUUUCUUACUUUGCUGCGCUGUUUCUUUCUGUAAAUGAGGAGCCGCAUGGCUGCUUAGGUGCGAUAUAGAUCCGUUCGCGCAUGGGACCCCAAGAGAGCCUCCAGCCAGGAGGACGAUAUCGAUUAUAUAUAAGAAAGGAAAUAUCUUCCACAUUUCGAGAUCUUAUCGAUAUCGACGACGUCAUGCACUGCAGUAUGAUUUUCUGAAAGGCCGUUGCUUUGUAUGAUAAAUACAGGUCGAAGUCGGUCCUCGAUGAACCUCAACAUGAUUGAGAAAAACAGAGUUUAUCAGACCUCAACAUUAUUGAGAAAAGUGGAAGUGAGCCAUUUCUCGCACUUGCCGAUCCUAU